CGAACAUCAUGAAUGUGAGGAAGAGCAUCAUGCUCUUCUCUAUAUUUUGCUCUUUAUACUAAUUAUAUAAUAAUAAUAAUAAUAACAGUGAUAAAUGGCGCCAAGCUAGUUUGCCAGAUAAGCAGUAAGAAGUCAUGGAGAUUUUAAGUCAUGGGAAAGGAUUAUUCUGAUCAACAAUCAAGUAUGCGCGAACCAAAUAAAGGGAGAUCUAAGUUAGGGCUGAAAUCUUUAGAUGUUGGUAAAGAAAAACAUGAGCACAGGAAACCUCAGCUAUCAUUGAGCAUAUCUGAAACUAACAAGCUGCGAGCAAAGUUAGGAUUAAAGCCACUUGAAGUUGAUAAUGAUAUUCCUGGCAUUGAAGACGCUGAUAAAGAAAUUUCGAAGCCUGCUGCUGAAAUUUUUGUCAAAACUGAAAAUAUCAAUGAAAAGAAAAAAUCUGAAGCACUACGCAAAAAACUAAAAGUCACAAAAGCGAAAAGGAAAAUUGAGAAUAAAUUAAGGAAUACAAAAGGAAUUGCUGUUUCUGAUUCAGAAGAUGAAUCUGCUGCUUCAUGGGUUAUAAAACACCAGAAAUUAUUGCAGGAAAAAGAAGCUGCAGAAAAAAGGGCUAAACUUUUAGAAGAAAUGGAUAAAGAGUUUGGUGUUGGUGCUCUUGUAGAGAAAGAAUUCGAUAAAAAGGAGGUAUACUCAGCACAUAAUUUGAAAGGUCUCACUAUAGCUCAUGCUAUAUCCUCAUUUCAAGAAGGUCGUGAUGCAAUUCUCACAUUAAAAGAUAAAGGUGUUCUUGAAGAAGAAGAUGAUGUAUUGGAAAACGUAAAUAUUAUAGACAAUGAAAAAUAUGCUAAAAAUGUGGAAAAUAAAAAGAAAAAGCCAGAUUAUAGACCUUAUGAAGAACCUGAAUUUGAUGAAUUUGGAAUACUAAAGAAGAAAAAUCUUUUAUCUAAGUAUGAUGAAGAGAUAGAAGGUGAAAAGAAGAAGAGCUUUAAAAUAGGAAACGCAAAUAAUUGUUAUUUUGUCAGUAAAGAGCAAGAACUUGAACUCAUUAGAAUGAAACUAAAGCAGCAAAAUGAAGUGACUCUUGAAAUGCCCGACAUGAAAAUUGCCAAUGAAUAUUAUACUCCUGAAGACAUGGUGCAGUUCAGAAAUCCAAAGAAGAAGAAAAAAAUUCACAGAAAUAUAUUGAAGGCAGACGAUCUGUUAGGAGAUACUAUGGAGCAGGCUGAAAGAGACUUUGGAUAUCGGAGAAAUCGAAGACAAAGGGAAAAGGAUUUUGAUGCCAUCCCAUCUGAGCAGUUCGAUAGCACUGGCAUUCCUUUAAUUGAAAAAGAUGAAGAAUUGGCUGAAAAAGAAUUUAGUAAUGCUUUACUUAAAGCUAAAAAAUUGAAAAAAAGAAAAAUAAUGGCUACGGCUCCUGAAAAAGUCAUUGAAAUACUAAGUAGUGUCGAUGGAUCUGGGAAACUUUUCGAAAAAGAUAAAGUUGGAGAUAUUGAAAUGAAUUCUGUUGCUGAAUUUUGCCGUACUCUUGGAGAGAUUCCUACGUAUGGUUUAAGUGGCAAUCGGGAUCAAGAAGCUGAAGAUUUAAUGGAUCUAGAGCAAGAAAUUUUAGAGGAGUGUUCAAACGAAUUUGAUCUCCAAAAUCAGGGAGCUUGGAGUGAAGUUGAUGUGGAUAAAAAACCAGCUGAAAUUUUGAUUAGAGAAAAUGAGCCUAUUUUAGAAGAAGAACCUGAUAUAAGUUUAGGAGUAGCUGGAGCAUUGAAUCUUGCUAUGAAAAAGGGGUACUUGGAUAAAGAAGAUAAAAAGCAUUCUAGUGUUCCUCGAUCUAGUCAGCUUCAAGCACAAGCAUAUACCGUAGAAGAAAAAUUUUAUGAGGAUGACAAGCUUGGGAAACGUGACAGAUAUACAGGUCCUAUUCAAGAUUUUAAAGAAAAAACUAAUUAUAAGUUAGAUGUGAAAUUAGAAUAUAUUGAUGACAGUGGAUGUUUGCUAACUGCAAAAGAAGCAUUUCGUUAUCUUUCUCAUAAAUUCCAUGGGAAAGGACCUGGCAAGAACAAAGUGGAUAAAAGAAUGAAAAAGUUGGAUCAAGACAAUAGAUUAAAACAAAUGAGUUCAACAGAUACUCCCUUAAACACUGUAAAGUUGCUCCAGCAGAAACAAAAAGAAACACAAUCUCCAUACAUUGUACUCAGUGGUGGACACAAAACACUAACCCACGGCUGAUAUAAAAAGAUGCUCAUGAUUUAACAUGCAAGGAUCUUGGCCUACACUAAUGCUGUUACCAGGCUAACAAAGACUAUUUUAAUCCCAUUUAGCUGUUGGGAUAUUGACUUAUAGGAUUGUAUUCUUUUUACUAUCCAGCAGCAAGGUAAUUGUCAAAAUAUUCAAAAAGUCAUAGUGCGAACUUUCCAGUAAUUUUUUUAUAGGGCUUUUUGACACUUACUAAUUAAAGCAAAGCA